UUUAGAUAUUAUCUCAGACAUCCUGACCAUGUUAGCCAAUCAAAAUUCAACGAAAUGUACAUUUCCCGCGGACAACAGGCCAUGAAUACACAUUGAAAUAAAAUGGCCACAACAAAGUCUGUAGAUAUUAAUGUAGCUGCAGUAGUAGCUAUCUUAGGACAGGACUCGAGUAGCCAUGAAGACAAAGCUGAUGCUUACAGCCAGGUGACAAAGCACAUGAAAGAUGACGAUUUGUCAUUGUUUGACCUUGACCUGUCUAAACAUGGAAAACUGGUGGUAACCAUGGCAAUAAGAGAUAUUUUGGAUAGUCAUCUCAAAGUUAGCCAUGGUGCCCUACAUGUCUUAGGUUUUUGUCUUCAUGACAAAGACAUUGUAAGGUCAUUAGGAUAUCCACUUCAAACAAAAUGCUUGGUUGCCAUUGAAAAAUGUAUUGUAAAAUUUGAUGAAGAUAAAAUAGCAUGUACUAGAGCAUUGUGGUGUAUUGGGAACCAAGUCCUAAGUGAUUUUAUUGUCAAAUCAGAGUUGGCCAAGUUGAUAAAAGCUAUUGGAAAGGUAUGGAACAGAUGGAUCAGUAAAUCUGCUACAGUUGAAAAUGAAGCCUCUAAAGCUGUUAUAAGGCUAUAUGAGCAAGACCCGGAAGGAAUGAAAGAGAACCUUGGGGACUGGGGAAAGGCAACACUAUUUUCAUUGGUUCAUCUUGUUCCCCAGAUUGGAUCUCAACUGUUAUCAAUAGCAAGAGAAGUCUUUACAAAGGACAAUAUCAGUUUGUGGUCAAAACCAGUUUUGGAUGAAUAUAAAGUGGCUAUUGGACCGGAGUUGAAGAAAAUGAUGAGUGAGAAACAGGAAGUACAUGCAUUAAGAUUAUGGUCAUUGUAUGUGCAUGUUCUGGGGAAGGAAUUACAUUAUGGCAACUUUAUCAACCAGAUGUUACCCUUAGUAGAGGAAGGAUUUAAAAGUAUAAAUGCUGAAGUAAAGAUAGAAGCUUUCAGAGCAUGGAAACAGUUGAUUCUUAAUUUCUCUACUGACAUCAGCAUUUUAUCAGAUUCUAAACGUAUAAAGUUGAUAAUGCAAGUUUUUAAGUUCAACAAUGCUAAAACUGAGCCAGUGGCUGUGGAAAAGUUUAAAAUAUGGUGGUUCUUCAUAACCAAGCUGGGUAGCAAGGCAGCAGUAUAUUUUGACCAGGUAUGUUUGCCCCUACUGAAUUUCUGUCUUGGAGGAUCUGUCAAGACCAGCACUUCAACUGGAACUCCUCGUAUGCAGACUGGUAUAAGUCCAAUGACACCACAUCUAAACCUGCCUAAUUCUACUAGUGGAUUGCCUGUGUUUGAUAAGCUACAGAGAUAUGCAUGGGAAGUAAUAGGUCAUUUCUUUGGAGAAUUUCCCUCUGAUAUUGGUGGUUCAGCUGUUAAAUAUCAAUUAGAAUCUCCAAAAAUAGAAUUUCUAACUGGACCAGCAGCUUUCCUGAAGCAUUCACUACCACUUAUCACAGCUACUAUAGACAUAUUAAAGUUCGAUUUUACAACAGAAUUCUUUACAGAGGCAGUAUUACAUCAUAUUUGGUUUGCGUUGAUAGCACAUAUAAAGAAUGUCCUUGACAGUGGAAUCACCUCGGAUGUUAAAGAAAUGUUUUCCUUCUUCUUAACACAGUUCCAAACUCUUGUGUUGAGUCAGGCUUUACACCUUCCAAAAAUCUGGACCAUGUUUGAUGCUGUCUGCUGUUUACCCAGAAAAUCCUUGUCCUCCACAGCUUACAACAUUAGCAACGGGGAGAAAAUACAUGGAAGUCCUGCAUUGUUUCUGAUGGAACUAUUAUUGACUCCUUCUGUUUUGUCCAGAUCACAGAGAAGUGAAAAGUAUAUGACCAUAUUUGGUGUAUUGACAUCUGUUGGUUUGGAGAAUCUAGGUUACCUAGAGUUCUGCCAAUCGAUAUUAGAGCUAUUGGGUAGGAACAGAGAAUUCAUCAAGGAACCAGAUUGUAUUUGGAGACUAUGGAGUAGACUAGCUAACUGCUUACAUGAUCAGAUAACAAAAACCAAUGAAAUAAACCAAGGAGAUUCAUUAGAACACAACUUUGAUUGUAUGUACAACAUGUUGACAUUUCCCGUCAAAUAUAAGAUGACACAUGCUGUCGAGGCAGUAAGUAUUACAUACAUGUUGACAUUUCCCGUCAAAUAUAAGAUGACACAUGCUGUCGAGGCAGUAAGUAUUACAUACAUGUUGACAUUUCCCGUCAAAUAUAAGAUGACACAUGCUGUCGAGGCAGUAAGUAUUACAUACAUGUUGACAUUUCCCUUCAAAUAUAAGAUGACACAUGCUGUCGAGGCAGUAAGUAUUACAUACAUGUUGACAUUUCCCUUCAAAUAUAAGAUGACACAUGCUGUCGAGGCAGUAAGUAUUACAUACAUGUUGACAUUUCCCGUCAAAUAUAAGAUGACACAUGCUGUCGAGGCAGUAAGUAUUACAUACAUGUUGACAUUUCCCGUCAAAUAUAAGAUGACACAUGCUGUCGAGGCAGUAAGUAUUACAUACAUGUUGACAUUUCCCGUCAAAUAUAAGAUGACACAUGCUGUCGAGGCAGUAAGUAUUACAUACAUGUUGACAUUUCCCGUCAAAUAUAAGAUGACACAUGCUGUCGAGGCAGUAAGUAUUACAUACAUGUUGACAUUUCCCGUCAAAUAUAAGAUGACACAUGCUGUCGAGGCAGUAAGUAUUACAUACAUGUUGACAUUUCCCGUCAAAUAUAAGAUGACACAUGCUGUCGAGGCACCAACAUACAAGACAAUGGUAAAGACCUGGACAGAGUUAUAUAGCACCCUGUCUCGUCUCUCAGCACUAGUGACCACAGCUGAAUCCAAUGUGUGUUGUGAAGAGUUGUGUCAUAUAAUUCUCAAAGACAUUCCAAAGGAUUGUUUCCUAAAUUUGAAUGGUUUAGAUUUUGUAGCACAAGGGUGUUUGGCAAUGAUAAACUGUAUGGACUUUGGUUCUGUAGGAACUACUGGAAACUUCAAUAUAGGUGGUAUAAGUCCAGCUAAAUGGGCUAAGAAGAAACAGAAACCUUUAGAGAAUUUACAGUCCUUUGUUGACCUGCUGUGUCAUUUAAGUGUUAUCUUCUCAGAGUUAACAGAAGACUUCAUGUCUAGUCCACAAAAGUUGAGAUCUCUGACAAGAAAAAUCGAUGGUGGAUCUCCAAAUCUAACCAGUAUACUUUCAACUGUGUUUGAAACAAUAACAAUAUUGUAUUCUCAUAUAACAUCUUCAACAUUUCUGGUCAAACUGCUAGAGAAGACGGCCAAUACCAUAUCUGGUCUCUAUAAAUUAUCCAGUGGGUGGUCUGGUGUACCAUUCAUUUAUCCAGUGGGUGGUCUGGUGGUCGUUGUUCUCCUCUUAUAUUUAAUGCGUUUCGCUCGGUUUUGGUUUGUUACCCCGAUUUUGUUUUUUGUCCAUGGAUUUAUGAGUUUUGAACAGCGGUAUACUACUGUUGCCUUUAUGUACCAUUCAUUAAAAAGGUUAGUAAUAUCUGGUCUCUAUAAAUUAUCUAGUGGGUGGUCUGGUGUACCAUUCAUUAAAAAGACAGAGAAAAUGACCGAGACCAUAUGUAAUAGCGUACAAAAGCACUACAAUGGACAAUUGGACUCAGACUUUCUGAAGAUCAUUUCACCUUUUGUAGAGGCCACAUUAUCUCAUCCUAGACGCAGUAUAAUGGUCAUUACUCAAAACUUUUGGACCAAUACAUUUAGUACAGGACCACCAUUGGACUAUCCAGAAAGUCUCAGUGAGUUAUUACAGAGUAUGACUAAGAAACAUCGUCUUCGGAUCAGUUUACCCAAUUGGGUUGUUAAUAAUGAAGUAGAUGUUGUAGAUGAGACACCUUGUAGUGAACUGACACAGGGUGAUUCCCAAGCUCCAGAACCUCAUAUUCCUGGAAUACCAUCUCCUCAUAAGAUCUGUGGAAGUUUUCUCAAGAAAGCAGUAUCACCUCACAUGGACAAAUCGUCAGCAAGACCAGUAGAAAAAACACCAAACUCAGCAAAGAAGAAAAUCUUACCGGUCGAUGACUUUCAGAAUGAAGUUUUUGUAGUUAUAAAAUCACCACCUCCAAAAAGAAACCCAUUGACUGAACAUCAAAUAGAAAUUUUCAAAGAAAAAAGGACAGUCCCAGCUAUGUACAACACAUUGGAUGCCUCUCAAGAUAUCUCUUUGAUGUCUCACUUUAACACAGGAAAUUCUCAGUCACAAUCACAGCUACCAAAGAUUUUACCAGCCAAAAAUUCUGAAACUCUAAGACAAGAAAAAGAUAUAGGUGAACAAUCCUCACAAAAACCAGAGGUAAAGAAGAGAGAACCAAGUAUACAUGGGAAGAGAAAUAAGAGAAAGUCCUCCACAAAUGAUACAGAUGGGACUUCUAAAACCAAUCAGAGAUCUGUCAGGUUUUCUGAUGAAAUCAAUAUUGAUGCUACAAGUCCUGAUGCCUCACAAAAAGAUAUCGCUCACUUUAAUGUCAUCAAGAGUAUGUUACCUAACAUUGCUUCCAAAGGUACACCCACUAAACAGAAUGAGUCAGAAGACCACCAGUCACUAAUGGGCAGGGAAGAGGAUGAAAUCAGUUGUGUUCAGCAGCUAAUGUCAUUAGGUACACCUAGAUUGUCACCUCCUGGUAAAUCCUCACAGUCUGAUUCUCCUUGUAAGGAGGAAGGCCUUCCUUCACCAUCACAGAGAAGACUAGAUUCUUGGAUAAUUAAAUCUCCUACAAAGCAAUCAGAGUCUGGAAGUAAUGUUAAAAAAACUAAAGGAAAAAAAUCAACAAAUGUUUUUAGUUCCCCAAGAGUUCGAACACGUAGAUCAUCUAUUGAAAAUGGUAAAAAAGAUGAUAAGAUUGUACAUAACAAAACAUCAGAUGAUUCCCAGACAUCUAACAAGCUACUAUCACAAGAGAAGAUUUCUUCACAGUCGUCUUUAUCAAUAUCCCUUGUAGAUGAAACACAGUCUCCUAAAAAGAUGAAGCCACCAAAUGAUGAUACUGUGUUUGUGAAACCAACAACAGAUAUGCUAGAUAAAAUGAAUGACAAAACUAAGAUUAGUAAACUAUCCCCUGUCAUAGCUGUCAUUGAAGAGACUCAGUCUCCUAAGAAAUCAACAGGAUUUAACCCUAUCCUGACAACUCCACCUAAACCAGGAAACCAAUUAGACACUGAACUCUGUGAAGACUCCAAUUUUAUUCCUGCUUCUCCUACUUCCAAUAAAAGUAUGAAACUUGGUACUCCAGUAUUAAAACUAAGGAAGCUUACUCAAAAUGAAAUACUACAGUAUAGUCCAUCACGAAAAGAUGGCACAAGUUCUAGUCUGACUCCAACUAGAAGACGUGGAAGACCAAGUAAAACUCCAAGUCUUACACCAUGUUCAAGUGACCCGUCUUCUAACAGAAGUGGUGACAAAGAACUAGCUCAGCUUUUCCUCCAUGAACAUGAUGAUUUUUCUGACUUAAAACCAAUUCAACCUGAACAAAGUGAGGAACCAGCACAGAAUGAGGAUAUACCAGCCUCUCAAGGAUUCUCUGUUGAACAAAGAGAUUCUAAACCAUCAAGUUUGUCAGCUUCCGAAAGUCUGUUUACUGAAAAGGAUUCACAGGAAUAUAACCCUUGUUUAGAAUCUACACUGAGUGAAACGACAACCAAAGUAGGAAAAUCUGUUAAAUCUGUUGACAAAAGUCCCCCUGUUAUUAUUGAAACAGAUACUUGUGAAAGUACACAGGAAUCUGAUCCUGGAUCGUAUAAUCCUUUGUUAGAACCAACUUUGGCUACUCCUACCACAGGUUCUGCUAGAAAAAGGAAGCAGAAAACACCCAAAAAAUUAUCUCCAGAAAGUGCUGGACCACCAAGACGUAAAAGAAGACAUGCUUCUCUAACAAGUAAAAAAGAAGAAAAUUCUAGUCAAGAAGAUUCUGGCAUGGAUGGAAAUAUAUUAUCUGAUUCUGUAUCAACGCCAAAAAGACGAAGAGUUAUGAGAGGAAAAAAUCAUUCAGAGGUCAAUACCCCUGUAGUAAAUGGUAAAAAAGCUGAAAAAGACGAUGGAAAAGGUGAAACCAAAAUUGAUUUAACAUCUCUAUCAGAAAAGUCUUCAGAAUCAUCACAAAUUAAUUCAUUAAGAAAUGAGGAAAGCCAGGCUUUGAUUUCUAUGGAAGAUUGUCUUCAAAACUCUUCAUCAAAGUCCUCUAAUGACAAUGUAAUUACGGUUGGUCAUGUUCAGAUUGAUAACCCAAAAAUUGAUGAACAAAGUCAGAUAUUCAAACAGAAGAAGUCUGGUGAGUUAACCACAGAGACUGAUUACUUCAUGGACGUGGAUUUUAAUGAAUCUUUAACAGAAGAUGCUGAGACUGGUAAAAUUCAUUUAAAAGUAAACAAAACACCUGAAUCCGAUACUACCAAUAAACAAAAAAUGGAGAAAACACCAGAAAAUCGUUCAAUCACUGACACACCUACAAGGGUUAGCACAACCAAAAAGAAAAAAGAAGUAGCUCAAAGGAGAUCUUUAACGAAGGGAAAGACAGCCAUUCCACUUGAUUUAGAUACUAAAUUAGACACGGAUGACAGCAAGGAGACGUUAAAGACACAAAUUAAAGAGCUAGAAUCAAUCAAAGAAUCAGACGUUCAGGAAAGUGAGGAUGUCUUCAAAUCUAUCAAGGAAAACCUCACUGAACAAGUCAAUGACAUUUCUGAUCAGAUUAAACAGAACAAACAAAUAAUAGAAUCUAUAGAUAUUGAAGAUGUGCAGGAUUCCAUCAAAGAAGAUCAGAUUAAUGCAAUUGAGGAAGAAAAAAAUUCUGACAAUAUUUCUGGUGAAACUUCGAAAUCAUCUGAACUGAUAGCAGACAAGUUUCUUGGUGACCAGGGAAGCAAUAAUCAGAGUUCUGGUAAUCAAGAAGAUAAUAACAAACAUUCAGGUGACCAGGAUUAUGGUAAUAAGAGUUCAAGUAGCCAGGAAGACGUAAAACAAAGUUCUGAAAAUAAUUGUGAACAAGUUCAAAGUUCUGAUGAAUGUGAUGGUGGAGAAAAGAGAAAUAAUCAAGACGAGAAAGAUGAUAGUCAAGAUCAAAAUAAUGAUGCUCAAAAGGAAUGCAUUGAUAAUCAACAAGAGAAUGACAUUAAUGGCACCAACAAUUCUGAAAAUACAAAUGGAUGUUCAGAAAAUAUAAACAAUAAGUCAGAAGAAAAGUUGGAUACCAGUUUAAUGUCAACAUCAUUUAACAGUGAAAGUGAUGAUAACGUCCCCCUUUCUUCAUUAAAACCAAAAGAUGUCAGUCCAACUUCAGAUUUAGAAAAUUUUUCAUCACCAGAGAGUUUGUCAAAUAAGUCCAAAAAAGGCAGGCCAAGGAAGUUGACAGGGGCUGUGAAAGGGAAGACUUCUCCUUUGUCCCAAAGGUUAAGAUCCUCGGGUAGAACUUUACGAACACGUGGCAUAAAGAAAUCAGCAGGUGAUAUGUUAUCAUUAUCCAAAUCAAAAAGGACCAAAAGGAACAAUGAAGAUACAGCACAGAUAGAAGAAGAAAAAGAUGAGAAAAGUGCUUUGUCAGAACUUACUACUGAAGCCAAUGAAGUGAUUGUUAUACCAUCUCAAUCUCAGUCUACAAGUGAGAAAGUUGAUGAACCAGAAGAAAUUAUUAACCCGGAUAAUCUGAAAAAAUUUAAUGAUAUGAUGCAGGAUGAAACUCCACGUAAAACUCCAGAUGUAAUAAAUAAGAGAAAAGGUUUAACCUUUGCUGACAGACAUUCCGACAGUAAACUGAUCACAGUAUCACGUAAAUUUGAGAAAAGGUCAAUCAUGGCAAGGCGUAGCAUACUUAAACCAACAAUCAGAUCUUUAAGUCUGGAAUCACCAAGGCAGCGCAAAAGUUUUCAUCCAAUCAAAAUAGGCCAUAUAUACUCUCCAUCUGCUUCGCCAAGUGCAGGAAUAUUGAAAAGAAGAAGACUGAGUGGAGAGAAAGCAAAGGACUCUCCAUCUCCUCCUCCAAAGCAAAGAAGAGUAUCAUUUGCUACACCUUUAUCAGAAUCUAAACAGAUGACUGACACAACAGAGAGACCAGCUUCUCCACUGGUAUCAUCAACAUCAUCUAAAGUCUCAUCCUCACUGGAAAAGAUUUUCACAUCAUCAGUUAGUGACAGUCAAGUUACAGAUUCUGAAUUAAGUAAGAAAGAUAGUGAGAUGAGCCAGAGUAGUUAUGCCAGUACCCAACAAUCUCAACUGAACACUUCCGACGCAGUAUUUCCUGAACUCCAGAGUUGUCCUGUCAGUGUAGAUAAAGUUCUACCACAGCUGACAUCAUCCAUGUGGGCAAGAGGACUAGGACAACUAGUUAAAGCGAGGAAUAUUCAUACAAUAGGAGAUUUAUCAUCAUUGACAGAAAAACAAGUAGAUGAGUUACCCAUCAGAUCACCUAAGGUAUCUAUGGUACGGAAGGUUCUCAGGAAGUAUGAGGAACAAACAGGUGCAAAACAGACCAAAACUGUAUCCACCCUUGAAAAACAAGGAAAUGCCAAAGAGGAACAAAAGGUAGACGAAGCACCAACAGAUUUACAAAACAAUCAGACUGACAGCAAAGAUUCAACAACAAAUUUACAAAACAAUCAGACUGACAGCAAGGUUGCAACAUCAGAUAUACAAAACACACAGGCUGACAUCAAGGUUGCAACAUCAGAUAUACAAAACAAUAAGGAUGACAGCAAAAGUUCAACUACAGAUUUACAAAAGAUUCAGGCAGACAGUGGAGUUUCAAUAGCAGAAAUACCUAUUGAAGUAAAAGAUGAUAAAUUUGCAGUGAAUAAUACAGACAGUAACACUGGUGAUAAAUCAGUAUCUUCUCUGAAUAAAACAGACAUUGAAAUUCAAACUAUUUUACAUACUAGUGAUCAAACAUUACCAAAUACAGAUGACAUGGAAACAAUGGUGUCCGAUCCUGUUACAGCAGGUACAUCUAGUGAACUGAAAACUGACCCAGAGCAAAAAUCUGUUGACAAAAUUUCAAUGAUAUCAACAUUACAAAGUUUAGUUGAACAGUGUAAAACUGAGAACAUGAAGGACUUGAAAACUCAGGAUAUAUUUAGAAUUCAUCAACAUUUAUCAGAAUUAACUUCAUCUGUCGUAGAUACAUUAAAACAACGAUGCCAUUCUCCAACCGAAAAGUAAAUUAUAACACUAAUAUAUAUAUACAUAUGUCUGUAUCUUGUUUUAAAACAAUAAUAUCUAUUUUCUUUUA